CUCAAGCUUACUGCUAAUCAGCUCCGAACAGCUGAACUCAUAGUCUAUUUUUAGAGCUUCGUACAACAGUCGGAAGCUUCUGGAUUCAACUCCAUUUCAAACCCAGAUCAUUGGCUUUCUCCACCUCCACCUCUCAAAUUCCAGCUAAGUGGCCGUGCUGGAUCGUCGACGACGAUGAGCAGAACCCGGGUUUCGAGGAAUCCAAUCGCGUUUGUAUCGGUGGUGGUAUUGGUUUGCUGCUUUGUAAUACUCGCACUCACAAUGCUGCGUCUUCCAGAUCCAAACAUGAGAGCUACCACUCAUCAUUCCCACAAGCUAAAGAUCGGGAAGUUCGGGGAGAUGAUGAUGGAAAUGUUGCCGGACUAUCUAGCUUUCACUGUCUUUCUCCCAUCGGAGAAAGCUUUCAAGCGCGACCUGAGGCUGGACCCGAGUGACAGUUUCGUCGGGGAGAAGAUGAAUGAUACUUAUGCAGUGGUGUCCAGAGUGCUGGGGUUCUCCGCCGUGCCAAGGAGUAUUAGUUCCGACUCGGUGGCGUUCGGAAAGGAGAUGUCGUAUGAUUCGAUAUCGGGGUUUGUGCUGCAUGUAUCCAAAGAUGAAGAUGGAAGGCUGGUUGUGAAUGGGGUUCGAUCGGAGAGAGUUGAUCUCGGGAGGAAGGGGAGUGUUGUGCACGUUAUGGAUGGAGUUCUGAUGGAUGCCGAGUUCAGGCAAUCGGUUCAGUAUGAUGGUGAAGAAGAUUGAUAGGAGAAAGUGAAACUAACAUUUUGUCUGUAACGCAAAUAGAGCUACAUA